AUGCCACAAGCCUAUUUCAUAUUAUCAUUGCUUACUGAGUAUCGUAAAAUGGAAAUUCAACAAGAAACUUAUUCGACUACUUAUGCAUCCCAAGGAAGUUAUUUCAGCAGCUCUCACUAUCAUCAAAUAGAAUUUCUUCAUGGCCAUGACUAUCAUCUUUCGCUAACAGUUAAUUCAACCCAACUUUUAGAUGGAGAAAUUAUUAAAAGCUCUAAAAUAAAAGCUCUAAUAGAAGAAAUUUGUGUAGGAUAUGAUCACAAAAUUUUUAUAACUGAAUCAGGCGUAGGGCAUGAAGUUGAAGAUUUAGGCGAUCAUGUCGGGCUGACUGUUCGAGGACUCUCUUAUGAAUUUCCAAAACGUCUUUGUGUUUUUUUGCCAAUUGUCUUAGGCACUUGUGAAGAGAUAUCUCGAUAUUUAAGCUUAAAUAUCGCUAAUCGUCUCAGAAGCGAGCUUGAGAUGAACCCAGGCAUCUAUGCUAUAAAUGUGAAGAUUUCUGAGGUGUAUAAACAGCAAGAAGCUUCCACAAUUCUAGAAAUAAAGGAGCAUAAAUUUUAA